UCUGUAUGAUCACCAUUUGUCAAUGUUAAAAUAUGUAAUAAAUGUAGUCAUGAAACUUGUUUUACCUGUCCUUUAAUUCUAGGGUCAGUCCAACCUAGCACGUAAGCUUCAAUCUUGUGAUCCAUAAUUUACUCUUAAUUGAUUUAAUUUUACCCCAAAAAGCUGAUGUGUGUCUUUGUUUCUUUUUAGAGCCCUCCAAUGUCAUUGGUGUAUUUAUAAAAGCUCGGACUGAGACUGAGCUUACCUUGCAGUGGAACAAAGUGAACAAUUUCAGUUACACAUUGAAAUACAGUAAUGGAAAAGAAACUCCACUUACUGUUUUGAUGAAUUCAUCUGUAUUAACACAUACAGUGUUUUCACUGUCUCCUGGUACUAGAUACAGUUUUACUUUGUACACUGUGUUUAAAGGUGUAAAGAGCAAAGGGUUUAACUUUACUGCAGUUACUAUUCCUUCCAAUGUUGUCAAUGUGUCAGUAAAGGCUCGUUCUGAGACUGCAAUAACUUUGGAGUGGAAUAAAGUCAGAAACAGCAAUGCAUACAUUUAUGUACUAAGGCAAGGCAACAGCACAGAGGCCUACACACCAAUGUAUUGGGGAGGAUCAGUUGCAAUACAUACUGUGUUGUCUUUAAUUCCUGGGACCAAAUACAACUUUACUCUCUACACUGUAUUUGGAGGAGAGAGAAGCAGUGGCUACAACUUCUCUGCAGUAACUAUGCCUGCUCGUGUUGACAGAGUUAAUGUAACACAGCAAAAUGACAGUCAGUUGGUACUGUCUUGGCAAAAGGUGAAAAGCAGUAACACCAGCUAUAUUCUGAAAGACGACAACAGAACUGAGACCUCAAUCAUUGGAUUACACAAUGUUUUAGUACUAACACAUACAGUUUCCUCACUCUCUCCUGGAACAAAAUACAACUUUACACUCUAUACUGUAUUUGAAGGUGUAAGGAGCAGAGGCCUAAACUUCACUGCAGUCACAGCAACUUUUACUGUUACUGGUCUACGUUGUGAGAGACUGUCUGGAGGAAAUGCUUUGCUUUUAGUUUGGGAUGCUCCGACUGGACCGUGGACAGAAGUGGAAGUGGAGAUUAAGGGAAGGAACCAUCAGUAUUCAAAUGGAACAAGACUUGAGUUCUAUUACCUUUACCCUGCUAUUUGGUAUAAAGUGACACUGAAAUUGUGCUCAAAAGACGUAAAGAGUGCACCAGUCUCAAUCAGCUGUCAAACUGAUCCAAGAGGAGUGAUAGCAGGAGUUAUGUUGGCCAUUGUGUUUAUUGUUUUCCUGGUUUGUCUAGGAGUUUAUGUAAACCACAGACAACUGGUAUUAAAUAGAAAAGCUCAGUCAGAUGUGCAUAACAGUCCCACAUCAACUCAUGAACUAGAAGAGGAUCAUUCUAUUGCUUCUGUCCUGGCAGAAACACAGAACUCAUUUUGCAAGAAGCAGUUCAAAAGUUCAAGUAAAAAAAAAAGGGAUCAACCCUUUCAUGAAAACCCUUACAGUAUUGCAAGAGCUGAUUAAUCUUUUAGGGCACUGCUGUAACCAACAAAAAAAAAUAAUGCUGAAACGGUGUGUAAAUGAGCAAAUCAGAUAAAGUAAAUAUUUUCAUACAUGUAUUUCUUUUUCUAAAGUAACUUUAAAUUCAUUAUUUUAUUUCAUAUCCUGUAGUUAUAUAAAGUCUGAAACAAUGAGUUCUAUAAAAACCAUAUCAAGAAGCCUUUCACUUUCUGAAAGAAUUUUGGUCACAUUAUUUUUAGUAUAAAUAUAAAACAUAAAAACAUAACAAACAUGGCUUGUUAUG